AUGUAUCAAGCUUUUUCUCUGAUAUCUCUUUUCCUCUCUGUGCAUGUGACUGGGGCGCCUCAGGACCAUGACCGUGCGCUCCUCCGUAGGGAUGUUUGCGAUGGGAUGAACAGCAUGCCAGUGCUCUACCACGAUUAUCUAAGUGAAGUAUGCCCACCAAAGUAUCUGAACAACUCGGAGGGCAUUUGCGACCAUAUGGACUACCAGUCGAAUUCGUGCGUGGCGUUCUGCCAACUCAGAACUCGCUUUGUUUAUGGGAAGGAGUUUCCCUUGGACGUUUGGUGCAAUGGGCCUCCUUGUAUAAUUGCCGAUUUUACGAAGACCAUGACUCGGUCUGUAGAUAUAAAGCCUCAAUUCGAGAAGGGCUUGAAUGAUGGAAUCAGUGGAGGGUGGCAGUCAAAGACCACGGCUGAUGUGGGAGCUCAGGGUAUGUCUUACGAGAUGCCUUUGAAGGAUGGACAGUGCGGGUACUGGAGCUGGAUCCCUACCAAGAAAACUGUGUGUGGGACAAUGUCCUACCAACAAACCGAAGCGCACCGCUGCAUGGGUGAUAUGCACACCAGCAUAGAUUACUGCGUAGAUGAUCUACGACGAUAUCCCGAUGGCACUGUCGACGGAGAAACGAUCUUUGUCUACACUGACUGCACGACACGACUUCCGUUGCCGAUGGAUCAGCAGACUAGCAUAUAUAGGCUACCGGGGGUUGCUCUGGAUCGUGGUGAACGUUCUUCAGCUCAGGUCUUGGAUGAUUAUUCUUCGGACUCGGAACAGCAAGUGUUGUGGACAUAA